AUGCAGAAAGAAGAGAGAGCGACGAGUUCUUCUCAAAUAGACGUCGAUGAGCGAGGAGAGUAUUGCAUAAUAAAACCCGACUACCUCCCGAAUGGGGUGAAAACAAGAAAGGACACUCAAACAGCAACACAGGGUACUUAUUCACGGAACGUUCAACAGGAAAAAGACAAAACCAAGGUUCCUCCGAAACUUAAAGUUCAACGGUCAAUAUCAAGCCCAGAACAGCUCGUGCGAUCCCUAUAUAUGAAUGACAAGCAGUCUGCUGCCCAAACCAAUGGCACGCAGCGGAGUAGCGGUCGUUUUGUGGUUGGACCGGCAAGGAGAAGCACGGGGCAUGUUAAACUUGGGAGCCGGCGAAGCACGGGAUCGCUUACUGGACGAGAACCACCGCCACCACUCCGCUAUUUUGCGUAUCUCGGAAGGCUGCAUCCAACUUCUAAAGCCCCACAGCUUCCUCGUGGCAGACUCCCUUCCGCUCAUGACAUUCUAGCGGAUCGGCCUGUAAUUCUAACCAGUACUUCCAUUGUGUCGCCAUACGCAACCAAUGUUAUCUGCCGAGAAAUUGAAGAAUUGGAAGAACAAGAAGCACCAGCGGAUUACAAUGACUUACUGGACUGUUGCACCUGUAUGUGCUUGGUGAAAGCGUUAUUUUAUCACUGCACGAAAGACACUAAAGAUGAGGGUCAACUGGCCGACGACCCAUGUUCAUGCCAGGGGCCUGUGGGCGAGUGUGUGGGUCGAUGGGGUAUUAUGGGAAUUCUCUCUUUAUUUCUUCCAUGUCUGCUUUGUUACCUGCCAUUUGAAGCUUGCUUUAAGUGCCAGGAGUGCAUGAAGAAAGAAGCCCCCGUCGAAAGCAAUAACAGCGAUCGCUUACCAGCAAAGAAAUCAUCUGUAACUGACGAACCCACAUCAUUGACAAUUGAUUCUAGAUCAGAAGGAGCGCAAUAGAAAUUAAUUACAUGUAGUACCUUAAUUUCGUUAAGCUUCUACAGUGAUUAUCGGCAGUCACUGAAGCAUUGAGAAGUUGCCCGAAGUUGUUACCUAGGAAUUCCCCUAAAAAUGAAGUUUAACUGAAAUAUGGUACUUAAGUAUUCUCAAAUAGAAAGGAACGUGGUAAACAAUUUUACAGGAUAGUAGUGGGUAGCUUUCCUUUGAAUUGUCACAUGUCGACAAACACAUUUCACUUCGUAAUCUUUGAAAAUCGGAGAAUUGAGGCAAAAAGUCCAAAUCCUGGAGACGGAAACAAGACCGGCUUCAGCAAUAUCAACUGCGGCUUUCAAAUUGGCCGCCAUAGUGUUUCAAACUGGUUAGUGCGCUAGUCACAUGCAUUUUCGAAAGAAGAUUAUUGUGGCUCAAUUCAACAAACAUUUUUUUCUUUUAUAUUCUCUGUUUGGCUAAAUGACCAGCAGACUGGAUGACUGAGAGAUAAAUGGACGGACGGAUGGUUGGAUGGAUGGACGGACGGACGGAUGGAUGGAUGGAUAGAUUGACUGAUUGUUUUGUUGGCUGGUAGAUUAGCUUUCCUAUUUACUAAAUUAUUGAUUGAUUGUUUGGUUAGUUGAUCUAUUAAUUCAGGGAUUGACUGAUUGGUUUGACGUUACUGAUUAACUGAUCGAUCGACUGAUCCAGAGAUAGAUUCAUUGAUUGACGGGUUGAUUUGUUGAACUAUUUCAUGAUUUGUUUAGCAGCAGGGACACGAGUCUGUCCCAAUGAAUUCCCUGUUUUGUGGCAAAGAAUCGAACCCAAAUAUGUAUAAAUUUCGAAUUCUCACAAUUGCCUGAACACUGCACAAUGCCUCCAAGCCAGAGCGAUACUACUCUCUAGAAAAUCUUCAAUUAGAAUUAUAAGUAUAUGUAAUAUACAAUAAGUUUAUUUAUGAUAUAAGUAUAUCUGAGGAUCCAGAAAAUUUUGCGCGCGCCCUAUAUGUUCAGACGUCUUGUCAGUCAUUCUGCAUUUUGUUAACUGGGAGAAAAACCACAACCAGUCAGAAAACGCAAAAUUAUAUGCUUGUAUAAAUUGUACAGUUCAGGGCUUUUUUCCCAUUAUAAAAUGGCCGCUGUAUCUCAUAGCAAAAUACUAAUUUAUGUAGCUAGGACAUUUUUCUAGUUUCUAGUUUAUAAAAUAUUGAGAGACAUUCUCAAACCGUAAAAUUAUUUAAAUACAGACUUUUAGAGUCAUAUGUCCAAAUUUAAAUAGUAAGUUAUACAUUUAAAUCUUAUACGCUAUAACAUUGCAUACAUACAGUGUAUAUUGCAUGCAAAUACAUAGAUUUGAUUAGAAAUUCUUCUUUAGACUUGAAAUAACCUAGCUGUAAUUUAUUAAUACAUUAAAAUACGAAUUAAAAAAAAUUGACGCUGGUCUUAUUAGUCUAUACGCGGAUUCGUGCCACUUUAGAAACGAGAAGAUGACGGCUGUAGCCGAAAUGUGUCCCGCGCGCUCUUGUUUCCGGGAUCGUUACUGGGGACGCGCGGGUCACCUACUGGCAAUUGCUACUGGCCAACCCUGGUAACAGUCCCAGAAGUCUUUGCGAGUGUUAACUCUGCCCAGUUUCCUACUCGUUUCUAAGGCGGCGAUUGGUGUUAUAGGCGAAUCUUAGCUGACGUCAUUGUUUACAUGUUUCCUCAUUAGCAUACGACUUAACUCAUAGAAGCCGUGGCCGUAUAUAUGAACUAAAUGCAAAAGUUGAAAGAGCUGACUAAGUUGAGCAAUUUGUGCAAUUUUCAGCUGAAGAAAUAUUGAAGGAAAGAUCAGUCAUCAAAAACUGCGAAGUUGCUGGGUGGCUCUGUAAAAUUUCGAGUUUUUAGAAGAGAAUUUCUCCGAAACCAUUCGGUGUAUUGGGUUCAAAUUUUCAGAGAUAGAACUGUUAUGCCCUUUCAAUGUUCAGAGCUUUUAUUUUACUAGCGUCAUCAGAUAGUGAAAAGCAUACGUAAAUGAGGCAAAAAGUGUAAGCAAAGUUUCGCCAAAAGGCCAAGGAAGGAGAAAGACUAUAUAGCUUAGUUUUUAUAGUAGCGACGAAGACGGAGUCGAAUGACAAUGCUCGUUCCCACGCAUUGUGAUUGGUUAUUUCUUCCCCUUCUGCUCGCCGACUCCGACUUCUUAGUUUUUACGGAAGUCCAGUACCCAGAUCAGAGCGAGCAAAUCCCUUACCAGGCCUAAUUGUCUUGCGCUUUCACGGACCGGUUUAUUUUUAGAUACAUUUUGAAACAAUUUUUCCCGAGAAACUGGACCCUCUUUUUCUUUUAUUCCAUGAGUGCAUACCACAAGUUUAAGUUGUGAAAAAGAAAAGUAAAUGCCAUUAAAAGGUCAAAAAUACCAGUUUCAGGUUACAAAGAUAAUCUAAAUUCGCGCCAAAUCGUUCCAAAAAUAGACAUGUUGGUGAAAACCCCGUGACACCAGAAACUUGCUCGCUCCCGGUCAAUGGGCUCUUGGUCUUUAAAAGGAGUUUGAAAACUGGUACGUUUUUAAGAUAAUAACUGAGGUUUCUAAGAAAAGGAGGUUUAUGAAAACAAAGGUUUGUAGUGUACUUUUACCCUCGGACGUCAAUAGAUUUUACGCUAUUGCAAGCUUAAAGACUUUAAACGGGAAUGUCGCAUGACCCAAAACUAUCCAAUGUCAGCGGGGCAGGGUUGAGAAAAACUUCAGCAAUAUGAGCUCCUGGUUUUUACUGAAUCGCAUCAAAGCGAUGUAGUUGUAAGCGGAAUCGGAACGCCCUUUUCACUAGAUCAAAACGCUCUACGCAUCUGAUUACCAAUCCGAGUUCGAAUUCGAACCGGAGUCGAAAGAGUCAAGACGUUUCCAUCUUCCUUCGACUCUGCUUAUGGCUCUUGAUGAAACGACCGGGUCGACGCAAUCGGAGGCAGAAGAAUAAUUCAAUCGCAACAUUGUAAAUCAGAAAGAUCUGUUUUAGCCCUAAAAGGGGGCCGUGUCGGUGAGUAAAAUACAGUCCUAUUUUUGGAUCUAAUUUGCUCCCUAAAUCAGGGCCAAAACAGUCCAAUGGCUGGUAAAACGGUAAAUGGUAAAAACUUCGAUCCCAGGUCCCCUUAUGAAAAUCAUGUCAGUUAUAAAUGGAGAAUAGUAAGUUAUUUAUGUCACAACACGUUUUCUCUUUAAACAGCAUUGAUCUUUUGCUCCGAGAUCAAUUCAAUUUCUGCCUUUAUUGUUGAAUUAACGCCAAUAUGUAACCAUCAGACUAUUACUUUUUGCUUUGAUUUAGUUAAUUUUUCAUUGUAAUUUCGUGCAUCGAAAAAAGUUGUCCAAACGGUUGUUAUUAAUAAUAGGGGGAUAACUGCUGGAAAUAAACUUAUUGAUGACGUAUGAGGCAAGAUUCAGAUAUCAGCAUAACUUCAAAAACAGAACUAACAAUAAUAAUGUAAAUCAAAUAUUUUGGACUGCGAACUAUAUAUUUUUCGGUUUUUGUCAUGAAAAUGUGGCCUGUAACUAAAAUAAAAAUCAAAUUAGCAACAUUCUGGCUGUAUUUUCGAAGUGAUUUCCAAGAUAAAUGUAAAUUAAGGACUUCGUUGCAAGGAAAAUGCGUCAGAGGUGACCUCAUUAUGACGUACAUGGAUCAAUCAGUAUCUGGUUAUAAACUAAAAACAUUUACGGACCGUUACAUAUUUUUCAAGCAGUCACAGUACAAAGUAAUGUUCCUUUCCAUGACUAGACAAUUUUUUGGAAAUUUUUCUGGUAAAGAAUCUAGUACAAAAAGGGCAAGGAACGUUUCAUUGGAGGUAAGUUAGACCGUUUUCAGUUCUCAGAAUCAUUGAUCUCAUAUCCAAAAAUUCGUGUCCUCUGCGAAAGGCCUUAAAAGGCUCACUGAAUGAUCCAAAAGGUCUAGAUAGUAGCAACAUUGUAGAUAUUCGUAGUUUACGUUUUUUCAAUGUUCAAUAUUUCAGAAAUGUUAAAACGGCACAUUUGCCAACAUCAGUGUUAGGUGUUUUGAAAUCACUGUUGAAUGCUUCUGAUUAAGUCGGCAUUUACAACACUUAAAAAAGUACCUCCGUGAAGCUAUCACUGACUCAAAACAGGUUUAAAUACACCGCAGUAGUUUAACAGUCAAUAGUUCAACAGGUUAUCAUUUAUUUGCUAAGCACAUAUAUUGAAAAUUUGUUUGUGAUAUUCAAGCAUUACGGUUCUGGGUGACUCCAGAUUUGUUCUUCAAGAAAAGGAUAAUUUACUAUUUUUUAGCUUCAAUGAAAAAUUUAUGCUUACAGCUAUUUCACUAAAAGUUGGCGUAAAACAAGAUGAAGAUUCUAAUAACGCUUUAUUUGCUUUCUCGACUGAUAAAUUUCGACCAUUUUAAAAGUGCCAAAUCUUUAAAAAUGAAGAUAAGGCAAUAACGAAAAAAAUUUAAUGAAAAUUACUCCCACUUCUUUGACAAACAUACGAAAAAACAACAUUUAGCGAUCCAAAAAUACAAAGAAAUAAGCUAGAUUUUAAGAGAAAAAUGUCUUGCCUCUUACAAAGUUAUCUACAAAACAGGACGUCUAGACAACAGAAUCAUCAUUUUUGACCAAAAACGCCUUUUGAAGCUAGUAGAGCCGUUUUCUCGUCGCAGUCCCAAAAGUUGCAGAGUCCGAUGUUCAAGCAAGGGCAGAAGGCACAAGUUAGAUGUCAAAGAUGUCAAAGUUAAAACUGAUGAAGUUACAGGCGGUAGAACGGCCGCGGUCUACAAGGGCGGUUCAGGGGUGAAUGGCUGUAACAGGCACGGCUCCUGCGGUUCAGGGGUGAAUGACUGUAACAGGCACGGCUCCCGCGGUUCAGGGGUGAAUGGCUGUAACAGGCACGGCUCCUGGGGUUCAGGGGUGAAUGGCUGUAACAGGCACGGCUCCUGCGGUUCAGGGGUGAAUGGCUGUAACAGGCACGGCUCCUGGGGUUCAGGGGUGAAUGGCUGUAACAGGCACGGCUCCUGGGGUUCAGGGGUGAAUGGCUGUAACAGGCACGGCUCCUGGGGUUACUAGCGAGUCCAUUCUUGUCUCCAAGGCGUCAGCUUUUGAUUUAGGCAUUCUAGAAAACAUAGAACUCACUAGACGAGAUUAACGGACGUUUUUUUCUUUCCCACAGCUUCAGCCAUUUUGAACAUAUUCGUCCAGACGAUGAUAAUUUUUCGUUUGAUUGUUUUCAGCAAAAACUAAAUCCGACCAAAUCAAAUUCGAUAGACGUCACAAACCAACGCUACAGUCGUGCUUACAUAAGUCAAACUCUUAAAACGGGCCUCAUUCUCUUGACCUGAUAUUACCUUAUUUUCAGAACAUGCAUCAGUAUAGAAGAAGAUCCUCACUCAGUGAAAUUCUCGAGUCUUUGUCUGAAACAAGAACACCACUAUGCCAAGAAGGAUCUUUGAGACAACAUCCCGCUUUACAGGACCUCAAAAACAAUAAAACCCUCCGAAGAUGCAAAUCUAACCCGGAAAAGAAAAAAUACCAAAAAAGCCCCCAGGAGUGGCAACGUAUUUUGGACAAGGAAAGAGGCUACAUAACAGAUCUGAUCGCGGACAAUGAACCAGCACCCAUCAGAGCUCAGCCUCAACUCUCAUACUUUGCCUAUUUAGGAAGCAGUGACCCAAGAAGGAAGGAUAUCAGUCAGUGA